CCAUCGAUAAACGAAUAUAGCGUUAGCAGGAACUCAGGAAGACCACUCUUUCUUUCCAUCCAUUGUUGGGUUUUGAACGACCGGAAGAUGGCAAUUUCUUUAAAUUCAGUCAUGAGUUUCAACUCAACGAAGCUGCAGCCCAAGUACCAGGAUGCCUCAAGAUACUCUGUUGGAGCUUCACUUCCAAAGGCCACUAAGUUCACACCAUUCUUCGUGACACCAGCAAGAAGAAUGCAAGCUAAGGAAAAACGACCUGGCACCUGUCUUUCAGUUGCAGAUAGUGAUCAGCUUGCAGCAGACCUCGAUGGCAAAAAUUCUUCUGGCGAUGCUGAAAGAUCAACAGCUGAUGAUGAGUCACCAUCCAUAAACCCUGCUGCAGAAAAUGUCCAGUUCCAAGGUAGUUCUAAUGCUAAUCCUGAAUCAAAAUCUCAAACAGCGGAGGUUUCCAAUUCAUCGGCAGCAUCUCCUAACUCUCAAUCUACAACCAAAAAAUCUCCUUUAACUGCAAGAGAGAGGCUUAGGGCAGCUCGAGUCCUAAGUAGGUACACAGAAUCAAAAGAAUCUUCUAAUAAAUCAGACAUGGGAAGUAGGGUGCUGGAUGCUUUGAAAGAGAGUGAUCGUGGGAAGAAAAGAUCAAGGCUUCCAGAAGCGCCUACAAAUUUAUUUGAUGACAGCAAUAGGGGGGUGUCCAAACCAGGAUUUAACUUCCAAUUUCCUGGGGGUUUUGAUCUGUUUCUCAUUGUCUUUUCAUUUGUUUUUAUCAGCACUUUGAUGUUUGCAACGACUUUCAUCGUCUGGAAAGUUGGUGCCAUCCAUUUUAAUGAGUAUUGAGAUGAGGAGGUGGAAACAAUCCAUCAAACAGAGAGAAGUUGGACAAGCUUCGGCUCCUUCAUGGCCUGAUUAAGUGAAGUGAGAAACUGAGACCAGUUUUCUGAUUAUAGGCGCUUGACACUUAUCUCUUAGGAAGUAGGGUUAAGAUUUACUUCAAGCAGGGAUGUACAAGUGAGUGAUCAAAUAUUAGCCUGGUCUUCAAAUGCCAUAUAUAUAAUAUAUCUAGAUAUUUUCAAUCAUAAUGCUUGCCUAGACCUUUCUUUC